AUGGGCCUCCCCUCCGAGCUCCACUGCGAGAUCCUCCUCCGCCUCCCUGCCUCUUCCCUCUUCCGAUUUCGCGCCGUCUGCAAGUCCUGGUGCCACGAGAUCGACGAUCCAUCCUUCAUCAGAGCCCACACGGUACACAACCACCGCACCUCCACCUCCAACUCCAUCCUCCUCCUGACAUCAUCCUCCGGCGCCAUCUACUCUAUUCCCGUCGAUUCUCUGAACUACGUCGAUGGCCAGCGGUACCUCAGUGUCACCCGGGUCCCGAGCGCCCUGCUCCCGCCGGGAUCGAAUCUCCGGUUGGCUGCGGACUCCGGCAAUGGCCUCGUCCUCCUCAUCCGCCACAAAGAGUGGGUUAUAUGGAACCCUCUCACCGGAGAUUAUCUCGAGCUGGCCCCGACUUGUCUCGCAAGAACCCCAUUUUUGGGAUGCGGGAUAGGGUACGACCCGUCCUCAGACGACUACAAAGUCGUUAGUAUCCUCGAGGAAAAGAAACUCGUGAACCAGGCUCACAUCUACAGCCUCAGAUCUAACUCUUGGAAGAUGAUAGAGGAGAAGUGCCCGUCCCGCCUGUGGACCCCGAGUGCACCCACAGUGUUAAACGGGGCCCUGUACUGGGUCACGGAUGAAAUGGGCGAGCUAGUUGCGCUGGAUCUGGCCACCGAGAAGUUCCGCAAGCUGCCAUUGCCAUAUUGUAGAAGGUCGUAUAUCGUGCGUUCCAAGGUUUUGGGAGGGCGCUUGGUCGUGUUUCAAGAGGAAGAUUCGUGCACAGCUUGGGUUUUGAAGGACUAUGCAGCUUUGAAGCCGGAAUGGGUGAGGCUGAUCACACCCAUGGGACUCAGCCUCAUCAAGGAGGAGACGCAGUUUGCGAUUUCUCGUGAGCGCAUGAUUUUACUCUGGGAUGUCAAGAAUCAUUCUGAGAAGCUCAUAUGGAUUGAGGAGCAGGUGAAUUUUUCCCAACAUAUGGAUACUCUUAUUGUUGCUGGGGAAAACAUUUUCCGAUUUGGGGUGAAGAGGAACUGGAGUGAGGCUGAUGAUAAGAGGAGUGAAAAGAUUGAAGUCCUCUUCAGUGAGAAAGAGUUGCGCCCUUUUGUCUGCACUUGUGGUGGCCAUCAGAUGACAGAUUAA